AUGACUGCCGCCGAUCUCCCCUCCAAUGUCCAUGUCUCUACGCACCCGUGCCUCCAGGCCAAGCUCAGCCAGCUCCGGUCGGCGUCGGCGAAUGCCCGGGAGGUGAAGGCGUUGAUCCAUGAGAUUUCUACAAUCCUAGGCUGCGAGGCACUGGCAAAGGCCGUUGUAUCUACGCCGGGAUCAAAAGACAAGACGCCCUUGGGCUUCGAGUACACCACCACGGAUAUCUUCCCCAAGACUAUGAGUCUCGUGCCCAUUCUUCGCUCAGGCCUAGGAAUGGUUGACGCCAUCCAAGGCAUCCUCCCCCGCGCCGUCCCCAUCCACCACCUCGGCCUCUUCCGCGAACCCACAACCCUCGAACCCGUCGAAUACUACAACAACCUCUCCAACCACAUCGCCGACCCCGAAGACCCCUCCCCCACCGCCGCCAGCAGCCUCGCCAUCAUCCUCGACCCCAUCAUCGCCACCGGCGGUACCUGCGCCGCCGCCAUCCAGACCCUCCGCGAGUGGGGCGCCCAGAGAGUCGUGGUCAUCUCCAUUCUCGGGGCAGUCGGCGGUAUCAAGAGGGCCGCUGAGGAGUGGCCCGAGGCUACGGAGGUUUGGCUGGCUGGCGUGGAUGAGGAGAUUACGGGGAGUGGCAUGUUGAAGCCGGGGUUGGGUGAUGUUGGUGAUAGGCUGUUCCUGACGAUUGGAAGAUAA